AUGCCAACAGCACCUGUGCAGACGGUGGCGUCGCACAACCCCGUCGCGCAGUGCGACUGGUCCAACGAGGGGAACCUCACCGAACCGCGCGCCACUGAUCUCCUGCACCGUGCCGGCUGCCUCUUUCUGUGCGUCCUGCCCCAUGAACAGGCAGUCCCGGCGCUGGUGUGGGUUUUCGUGUUGCUUACUCUCUUCUCCUUUCUGGUUAAUGGACUCACCCUCCUUGGACUCGGGCGCUCCGAGGACCUCUCCUGGGAGCCGCGCGUGGCUUUCUUUAAGAACCUGAUCCUGAGUGAUCUCUUGCAGACCGUCACUUUCGGCCCGCCAGUCAUCAGCUCGCUCCUCCAACGCCGCACCAUGGCGUUCGGCGCCUGGUGUAACGCCCAGUACUUUGUGGGGACCGUCAGCAUCUUUUCCAGCCUUCUCACCAUCACGUUCAUGGCACUGGAGCGCUACCUGUACGUGUGCCACGCCAUCCACUACCUGGCCAUCGUCACUCGGACGCGCCGGCGGCUGGCGCUGGCCCUCAUCUGGAUCUACUCCACCUGCGUCGGCACCAUCAACGUGAUGCUGUUGCACAUGGGGAGAGGGGAGAACAAUGACCGGGCCACCCGCGGGCUACUGUGCGAGCCGGACACGGUGGAGCAGCACAUGGGCUUCCCCCGUGCCUCGGCCGUCUUUCGCAAGUGUACGGGCUCCGUCACUCUGAUGCUCUGCCUGCUGGUCUACGUGUUCUCCUACCUGCGGAUGUAUCGGGACGCGCGCAACGCCAUGAUGCCGUUCAACACGGUCAACACCAAAGCGCGCCGGACCGUGCUGUUCUACUGCGGGAUGCUUUUCCUGCAGCUGCUCCCGCUGCUGCUCAAAGUCGCCUCGGACACGUUGUGGGAGGUGGAGGGCACCGAGGCGAUGGUGGCGCUGACGGAGCCGGCAGUGGUGCUGCACAUGGCGUUGUUGGUCAUGCUUCUCGUGCCGCCGCUAGUCAACCCGGUGGUAUACGGGCUUAGAAACGCGGAGAGCAGGCGCGGGAUGCUCAGCCUGUUCUGGUGCAGGACCACGAGGAGGGAGCACGCCGCGCGCCUGGAUGCGGAGUUGAGACUCGGGAACAUUUUGCCUCAAAAUCCAUUGUGA